AUGGAUAUAUUUCGAUCCGGAGGUACUUUAAAGGACACUGUCGUCUUGGCGUACUUAGACGACCUCCUUGUAAUUUCGGAAGGAAAUCUAGAUGUACAUAUGGAAGAUUUACAAUUGGUAUUUGAUCGUCUUCGGCAAUUUGGUCUUCGAGCAAAUAGUGAGAAAUGCUCCUUUGCCUAUACAGAGGUGAAAUAUCUUGAUCACUUCUGGACUCCUGAAGGAAUUAAGCCUGAUGACACCAAGAUCAAGCGAUACUUACUAUGA